AGUAAUUUUUCUCGUUUAGAGCACGAUAACCUAACGCACUGUAAACAAAGAACCGUACCCAGUAAGCCAAAUCCAAAUACAAAAACCCCAAACCGAAUCCUCUUCGUCUCUGUUCGAUUUUUCACUACACCCUGCAAAUUCGAGUCCACAGCGAAGAAGAAGAAGAAGAAAAAACCCAUCGAUACAUACAAGUGUACGUAUACACGAUAUAUAUAUAGAGAGAGGAGAGAAGGUUGAAGAUGAAGACCACAAAGGGAGGCAAAGUCAUGAACCCUACGGACGCCUACCGCAAGGAGCUUCGCAAGAAGGAAUUGAAGAGGAACAAAAAAGAAAGGAAGAAAGUGCGGGAGGUGGGGAUAUUGAAGAAGGAUCCCGAGACACUUAAGGAUCAGAUCGAUAAGCUAGAAGUGAUGAAGGCAGAUGGUGCUUUGGAUAAAGCGAGAAAACACAAGAAGAGGCAGCUUGAAGACACACUGAAUCUUGUCCUUAAGAAGAGGAAGGAAUAUGAAGAUAAGAUGAAAGAGAAGGGUGAAGCACCAGUCAUGUUCAGUCAUUUGGGACCUCCCCGAAGACGGACAAAUGCGGAGGAAGAAGAAAGAGUCAAGCACCCUAAACCUGAAGACUCAGUUUACUAUCACCCCACAUUGAAUCCUACUGGAGCACCACCACCUGGAAAGCCUCCUAUGUUUAAAUCAACAAUAGGACCAAGAAUUCCGUUGUCAGAAGCAUCGUCGAGUGGUGCUGCAUUAUCAUCGGAUUUAGAAGCGGAGGAUAUUGCUUUGGCUGCCCCUCCUCCACCUCCACCUCUCCCUCCCAUGCCUCAUACUGAUGAUGCACAUACUGGAGAUGAUUCAAUCAACCCUGCAUCUUUGCCCUUACCUCCUCCGCCUCCUAUGCCACCAAAGCCUGCCAUGGCCAACUCGUCUACCUCAUUGCCUCUGCCUCCUUUGCCACCACCACCUCCUGGCCCCCCACCCAAAGAACAUGUUUCAACUCGCCCUCCCCUUCCUCCACCUCCACCAGCACUUCCCCAUCAGUCUACUCAGCCACCUCCACCUGGCACUGGGGUUACUGGAAGGGAGAAUAGUCAAUCUGCGAAGUCAGAUGAUCCAAUCUCCAAGCUGCCGGCUCAGGCACCAACUAUGCUCCCUCCACCCCCUCCACCACCUGGCUUGCCAUUGAAGUUGGCAAGUGAUCUUUCUGAAGGUGUGCUAUCUGAAUCCGAGGCUAGAAAUUCUUCUGGAACCAAAGAUCUUUCUAAAAUGGUUCCCCCUCCACCUCCUCCAAGGCCACAACCUGGAAUACCCAUGCAUGCCCAAGUCCCAACUUUACAGCCUGAUGUAUUACCCCCGGGAAUUUCACGGUUCCCCCUACCCCCACCUCCACCAGAUAUGCGGCCAUCAUUAGCUGCUCCUGGACUACCUGGUCCCCCUGGAAUGAUGAUUCCUCUUAUUCCAAGGCCGCCUUUUGGUCCUCCCCCCGGACCACCUCCUAUGUUGAGACCACCACUACCACCUGGCCCUCCUCCUUUCCCUCUGGAUGAUUUUGUCACAAGGCCUACUGUACCUCAAAAGCCAUCAUAUAUCAAAUCGGCUGCAUCUACCGUUGUUAAGAGGCCACUUGCUCAGCACACUCCAGAACUUACGUCCAUGGUUCCUGCAUCAGUACGCGUGAGGAGAGAGACAGCUGCUCCGAAACCCAAAUCAAAGCAAUCUCUGUCAUCCGCACCUGCUGCUGCCAUCAAGCCUGCAGUUGUUCCAACUGUCACAAAACCCGAGUCGGUUAAUUCCUCAUCAGCGCCAAAACUGCAAAGUGUUGAUGACUCGUACACGGCUUUCUUAGAGGACAUGAAGGCUCUGGGUGCCCUAGACAGUUGAGCUCAUUCUUCCGAAUGAGGCAGUGCAAGGAAACAGGAACAUGGAGAUCUGACGUUGGGGAAGCAAUGUGUACAGACUAUUUUGACCGAUCUGCAUUUCAAUGGGCUUGAACCAUUGUCCUCCAGAGUAUUGUUGCGGAUCCUUGCAUUUCCAUUGAUGCAGUAUUUGAAUCAUCUCGAUCCUUAAGUUUGUGAUGAUUUUCAAUUAUUUUUGGGUCUUCAAAGUUUGGUUCUAUCUUUGAUUAUGGGAACCCCCCGAGUACUUGAACUGAACUUCUUUUGUAUUCUGUAGUGAACGAUGAAUAUGUUUAACACUGGAGAGUUAGAAAUUCGUACCGCAUUGAAGCUCGAGACA